GAAUGAGUGUCAGUCCUAAGUGGGACCCUUGUAAGGUCAGGCGGCACUUAAGGUCUCAGAUGCAAAGGGCGCUCGAGUCUGCACACUGGGACUACUGCACUGAAGCAAUCGCAUCCAGAACAACAGAAACAGCAGGUUCCAUACUACAUUGUCGAAGAGUUUGUAUCCCACUCAUUGACCAAGUGCGAUGAUCCAAGAAAGACAAUUCAUUUCAAUAAAUGCUGGUCUACUGACGUGAGCAGAAGGGGGCUCUCUGCUUUGAAGACUGAACUCCAAGAGUGAUUCAACAUAUGCCACAUACAUGAAAAAAUAAACACCGAAAAGCAGAUGGUGUAGCCAGGAAGACGCCUGCUAAAUUUCCAAACGCCUUAAAAGUCUAACCCACAUCCUGUGUGAAGAGAUGGUCGGGUUUGCUCCCACCGAUGCUACUCCCUCAGCAGCUGUGAAAUUCUUUGGGGCAGGAUUGGCGGGCUGCAUUGCCGAUCUGGUCACUUUCCCUUUAGACACAGCCAAAGUGAGACUACAGAUACAAGGGGAAUCUAAAGGACCAAUGGGCAACAAAAGGUUUCAGUACAGAGGGGUAUUUGGAACCAUCACCACUAUGGUGAAAGAUGAAGGGCCAAGGAGUCUGUAUAACGGUCUGGUGGCCGGCCUUCAUCGUCAGAUGAGCUUUUCAUCAGUUCGGAUUGGCUUGUAUGAUUCCAUGAAACAGUUCUACAGCCAAGGGUCUGAUAAUAUUGCCAUUACUACUCGAUUGCUUGCAGGCUGUACCACUGGUGCAAUGGCAGUCACUGUGGCUCAGCCUACAGAUGUCGUCAAAGUUCGAUUUCAGGCUCAGGCAAGAAGUGGCAACAAUAUCAAGCGAUACAGUGGAACAAUGUCUGCUUAUAAGACAAUAGCUCGGGAUGAAGGAAUCAGAGGGCUUUGGAAAGGAACCAUACCUAAUAUUACACGCAAUGCCAUUGUGAACUGUGCUGAACUGGUCACCUAUGAUGUCAUCAAAGAACUCAUCCUAAAGAAUGACCUUAUGACUGAUAACCUUCCCUGCCACUUCACAUCUGCCUUUGCAGCUGGCUUCUGUACCACCAUCUGCGCUUCCCCUGUGGAUGUAGUGAAAACAAGAUUUAUGAACUCGACUCCUGGACAGUAUAGCAGUGCCUUGGGGUGUGCUUUCACCAUGUUGACAAAUGAGGGACCCACUGCUUUCUACAAGGGGUUUAUGCCUUCCUUUCUUCGACUGGGAUCCUGGAACAUUGUGAUGUUUGUGUCUUACGAGCAAAUCAAGAGAGGGCUGAUGAGAGCACAACAGUCCUGGGAGUCACCAUUUUGAGGCUGAUUAUGUGCAGAGGGCUAAACUAAAAAUGGACAUAAUCAAAAAGCCAAAGCACUUUUGAACUGUUUUGAUAUGGUGUUUCUACUGAUAAAGAUCCCUGCAGUUUUUUUUUUUGUUUUUUUUUUUUUAAAUCGCUGGGCGAUUGGACUCAUACGGUGGUACAAGAUUUUUUAUUUAUUAAAUUUGUAAAUAUUUUGUAUGUUAAGUAAAUGACUUAAAUUUUCAUAAAUGAAUGUUUAAUCAAAUAAUUCAAAUGUUUCUACCAAAACAAAAAUGUAGUUCUUUUUUAAUCCGUAAGUCCUUAUUUUAACAAACAAAAAUAGCACAUACCUUGUUCAUCAUCUCUUUACAUUUGCACAGUUCUCAUAGUGAUGCACAGAUGGGUAGUGACUUACUAAGAUCUGAGAGGAAAUCACUGGUGGAGUCUGAACUAGAAAGCAUGUGGCCUUUGUUUCAAAACCUUACCUGUAUUUAACUUUGGUUCAAUUAAACUCCAUUAGUUUAUUCUA